CAUCCUGCGAGCAGGAAAGCCCUGCCAGCCUACCUCGUAGCACACGGAUGGUUCUAUUGCCUUGAUCUGUUUGCUUCCGUCAUACUCAUGGCUCUCGCUAUGUGCGAAAAACCAGCAGUGCAUCUGUUUGAAGCACCUGUAUGGAUUCAUGGCUCCAUUGAGCUGUUGGGACUCGUGAUAAUCUCCCUGGAGUUGCUGAUGAAGCUGCAGUGGCUCGGAGUGAAGCAGUUCUUCUCACACAAACGCACACUGCUCAAGGCGUUAACCCUCACCAUCAUGUUAGCUGUCGCGGUGUGUUACUUACAGGCGUUAACCCUCACCAUCAUCUAUCCGGAUGUCAUGAUGCCAGCCUACCACAACUCUCCGUGGUCGGCAAUUUUUUUUAUCUCGUAUCUGACGAUCGAGCUCUACUUUCUUAUGAACUUGGUGCUUGCCGUGGUCUAUGACACGUUUACUGGCAUGGAGAAGAACAAGUUUUGUAAGCUGCUGCAGCAUAAACGCGCAGGCUGCGAUUAUGCCUUCAAACUACUGCUCACUAAACAGAAUCCUGCAAGCAUUUCCUUGAGACAUUUCCUCGGAUUGAUGAAAUAUUAUAAGCCACAUAGAAAUAAAAAAGAGGUACUGCUGACAUUUAAAGCAAUGAAUGAAAGCAAAACGGGUUUUCUUAACCUCGACGAAUUCUACAAUGUAUACAGCUGUGCUGCCCUCUCUUGGAAGGAGAAACAGCAACCUCGAUUGUGGUUUGAAGUCUGCUGCCCCAGCCUUCUAACCCCAAUAUUUAGAGCAAUUCAUUCCCUGGUGACAUGGAAGUGGUGUGACUACGGAAUCAAUGCCAUCGUCGCCGCAAAUGGUAUUUGGCUCCUGGUGGAGACGGUCAGGUUGUCCAUGCUGCCAUCGUGUUGAUGAUACUCUACUAUUUCUUUGGGGUCAUCGGAAUGGAACUGUUUGCAUCUGCUGAACUCAAAGACUGCUGCAAGGGCACUCCAGUUGAAGCCUUCUACAGCACUGCCAACGAAUCAUUUUACUACUAUUAUCUGAACAGCUUUGACAACAUCCUCAUGAGUGGAGUGACGUUGUUUGAACUGACUGUUGUCAACAACUGGUUCAU